GACUUUUACCCAUCCCAUACCCACCCGCCUCUGCAGUGCUUUGUCUAGCCUGUAUGUUCUAGAAGAAUGCAAAAAGGGACCCCUCCCACCUCAUUUUCAUGCCGUUUCACUGAGAAGAAACAGCUGCGCUACGAUGAGAAAAGGGACUCGUUGCUACGACCUCCGAUUACACGCGACCCAAAGCAGACAAGCACAGGCGGCAUGCCCAGCGACUAGCUGAUCUGAUACUGAUCCUGUCACGGUCCCCACAAAGCCUGCUGGAACUCGGAAGCAGGGCCCACGCAACGGAACACCCGUACAAAUACUCACAGUACCCGACAUCCGCGAUCCGCUCAGUCGACAAUCACCAUCCUUGGUGCCCGGUGUGUUUUUCAAGCGGCUGAAAUAUCGACGAGAGACGGAGUUAGACAUAAUUUUGUCCCCCUCACCAUUGGAGGAAAAAUCAUGUCGGACGACGUCGAAAAAGCCGAGAGUCGCUCAUCCAACCCCGACUAUGACAGCGCCACGACCCACGAGGAAUCGGGCUUUGAGCCGAUCCGCACGGGCGGUGCCCGCGGUGGCUCACGGCCGCUCCGCGAGUCUCGCUCCCUCAGCCGGACGCGGUCGCACAACGGCUACAGCUGCGACGACUAUCAACAGAGCGACGACAAUCCGCCGAGGCGGGAAGCGGAGAGAAAGGAAGAGGAGGACCCCUACGAGGUGGCCUUCGAAGGCGGCGACAACGACCCCAUGAGCCCCCGCAGCCUGAGCAGCUUCAGGAAGUGGCUCAUUGUGUCGAUUGUGUCGUGCGCCAGUUUUUGUGUCACCGCUGCAAGUUCCAUUUACACAUCAACAUACGCCCAGAUGGAUGCAGAGUUCGACAACUCCCGUAUCGUAGGCACGCUCGGCCUGUCGGUCUUCGUCCUAGGCAUCAGCCUGGGCCCCAUGUUUCUGAGCCCGCUCAGCGAGUUCUACGGCCGCCGGCCUAUCUACAUCGUUUCCUGGUCCAUGUACGUUGUCUGGAUCAUCCCGUCGGCCGUCGCCAAGAACAUCGCGACCAUGAUCGUCGCCCGCUUCCUCGACGGCCUGUCAGGCAGUGCCUUCUUGGCCGUGUCCGGUGGCACCGUCAGUGACCUGUUCGCCCGCCAUGAGCUCCAAGCCCCGAUGCUCAUGUACUCGCUCGCCCCCUUCAUCGGGCCCUGCAUCGGCCCGUUGAUUGGCGGCUUCGUCAACUACAACGCCAACUGGAGAUGGACCUACUACGUGAUGAUCAUCUGGGCCUUUGCGCUGCUGGUCGCCAUCGGCGUCUUCGUGCCCGAGACUUAUCAUCCGAUCGUCCUUCGAAGCAAGGCACGCAAGAUCCGAAAAGAGACAGGUGACGAGCGCUGGAAGGCACCUGUCGAGAAGUCGACAAAGUCCGUCAUCAAGACCAUCGGCAUCUCGCUCAUGCGUCCCUUCCAGCUGCUCUUCUUCGAGCCCAUGGUCCUUAGCCUCGACAUCUUCUCCGCUAUCCUCCUGGGCAUCUUGUAUCUCUUCUUCGGCGCGUUCCCGCUCGUCUUCACCAACAUCCACGGCUUCAACUUGUGGCAAGUUGGCCUGACCUUCCUGGGCAUCCUCGUUGGCAUGUUCCUUGCCGCCGCGACCGACCCCCUUUGGCACCACAUCCGCAGUCAGCUUAUGGCCGAUCUGGAAAAGGAGACCGGGGUCGAGGGAGCCAGCGAGCCAGAGUUCCGCCUUCCGCCAGUCAUCUGCGGCGCCUUCCUGUGCCCCAUUGGCAUCUUCUGGUUCGGAUGGAGUCUUCAUGUACAUUGGAUCAUGCCUGUUAUUGGGUCCGCCAUUUUUGGAGCAGGAACCCUCCUCGUCUUUACUGGCAUCUUUACAUUUCUUGUCGAUGCUUAUCCUUUGUACGCCGCCUCGUCCCUCGCGAGUAACGCAUUUGUGCGAUGCAUGUUUGCUGCUGCUUUCCCGUUGUUCGGAACUCAAAUGUACACGAAACUCGGAUAUUCCUGGGCUUCGUCUCUGCUCGCUUUCUUGACGGUGGCCAUGGUGCCGUUUCCUUUCAUCUUCUUCAAGUACGGCAAGAGGAUCCGGGGUCGCAGCCGGUUUGCCACGCGUGCCUAAUGAGGAAGCGCACCGAAGUUGACGAGACGCGGCCGGACUUUGGCGAGCGGGCCGAAGCGACGAGAGAUUCAGCGACAGCGAGCGACGGAUCAGAUAUGAACGGCACCGCACAGACUUUCCACCUUGGCGCGUAGGGCCAACAGAGGCUCGCUGAUUCUGGAAUCCUGGAUGGUCGACGGACUAUUCGUGUUGUCGCACGCAGCCUCGAUCCAGCUGCUGUUGGUGCACCCGCAUAGUAUGCACGUUCCUGACCCAGAUGGCCGAGGCGGAAUGCUGCCCGGCGUUCUUGGAUGGGAGGUAAGUGGAGAGCAUGCACAGCAGACGCAGCUGUUGAUCGCGGCGAUCGUCGUGAGGUGACGGCAGUAGCCGUCUGCAAGAGGCCAGGAGUCAGAAGCUCAGGCCGUCGAUGGUUGGAGGGGAUUUAUCAGGCAGCCAUAUCGACAUAGCGAAGGGGGGUAAACGCAACGUAGGCAACGCAGCGCAUCGAAUCUGCCAAUGACAUACGAGAAGCUUUGGAUGGGCUUUGUGCCCACAUGCAACGAGAUAUCCCUACUGGCUGCUGGAAUGCAGAACUACCUAUAGACAGACCGACGCUCGGUACGUCGGCUAGACCAAUGUUAAUGCAAUGAUACUACACUGGCCGG